AUCGCGAUGUCAGUGCCCUGUCUAUUGUCUCACCGUCAAGAUGUGGAGAACUCUAUCCGCGAUCGUCUUUCUCGUGGCGAUCGUUAAUCCGCUGGCGGAGACGAGACGCCUCCGCCUGCGCAGUUCUGACCAACUUCAACUGGAUGAAUACCUCGAUUACAACGGGGUGAUGCAGUAUCUGGAUCACCUGGCACGAGCAUACCCCGAUCGGAUUACACUAAAGAACGUGGGUCGAACGUACGAAAAUCGUUCCCUUAAACUCGCCAUGGUAACAAACGGAGAUGGGCGUCUGGGAAAGAGGGUGAUAUUCAUGGAUGCCGCUCUGCACGCCCGCGAAUGGAUGACCCCCGUGGCCGCCCUCUAUACCAUCUAUAAGUUGGUGGUGGAGUUCGAGGAAAAUGCCGAUCUUCUCGCCGAUUUCGAUUGGCACAUUAUGCCACUGGCGAAUCCGGAUGGUUACGAGUACUCUCGCAAAACGAAUACUAGGUGGAUGAAAACGAGGACACCGAAUGGCGGCAACUGCAACGGCACCGAUCUCGACAGGAAUUUUGAAGUGGGCUUUGGACUCGGUUUUCCGGAUUUAAGAGGUCCUUGCGAUCACAAUUUUGCGGGCAGGGCACCAUUCUCAGAGGUGGAGUCACGUACAGUGCGCGACAUAAUGCACAGUCUGAUGAAAAGUGAGCGAGGCGUUAUGUAUCUUUCCCUGCACUCGCCAAUCCGGAGGGUUAUCUAUCCUUGGGUCUAUGACAGUACACCGGUGCCAAAUCAUGGGGAACACAUUGAAAUUGCCAAGUUCGUGGCCGAUCAAAUAUUUCAAAGUACUGGCACGGUUAUAAAGACUUUGCAGGGUGUUCAAUAUGGAGAAUUCGGCGGUAGUAGCAUCGAUUACGCCUUUUACGUUGGAUUUCCCUUAUCCUUUGCCUUCGAGAUGUCGGGAAUGGACCAUAAUCACGUGGAUUACAAGUUUUUUCCACCAACCUGGGAGAUUCGCCGCCUAGCUGAUGAAUCGUGGACAGGUAUUCGAGCCUUUGGCAAGAAGGCCAUUGAAAAAUAUCCGCCCUCCAGGGCAAUACAUCAGUCCGAGGACAGACUUAGCAAUCCCUCACGUGGUGAGGGAUACGCUGCUUUUUAACCAUUUCACCA